AUGGGUGUAUUAACAGAAGGUACUGCGCUAAGUUGGAAUGAAAUUGUUCCUAUCUGUCAAGUUUAUCGAUCUUAUGCAUUGUCUCAACUGGUAAAAAUUUUUGAGAAAUGCAAAGAUUAUCAAGGAGAUUCUUUCCUUUGGGGUGACGAGCUAGAAUUUACUUUGGUUCAUUUUGAUCAUUCAAAGAAACGUGUUCAGUUAUUACUAAAAGCUCAUGGAAUACUACCUCGCCUUGUAGAAACUAAUAAAGAAAAUCAUGAUGAUACUCCUAGUAUUGCUUGGCAUCCAGAAACAUGUGAUUUCAUGAUUGAAGGCGUACCAUGUGAACCUUAUGGAUUUCUUCCUUGUUAUUUGAAUACAGUAGAAGCUAAUAUGACUUUGAGACGAAAGCAAGCACAAGAAAUAUUAUCUGAACAAUCAGAUUGUGAAUAUAUUAUAAACAUGUCUGCAUUUCCUCGAUAUGGCCAAGGCCAGUUUAUCUAUUCAUCAAAACAAGAUGACUUACAAGAGGUUACCGAACAAUCUAUACACUAUCCAGAUAGACUGAUUUCACCAAUUCAUCCUCGAAUGAAGUCAUCCAUAGUUAAUUCACUUGCAAGAAGUCAAGGACCACCACUAGUUCACAUUCCAAUAUUUAGAGAUGCUUCAACUCCAUCACCAUUUCAAGAUCUUUCAUUCAAAGGAACAAAAGAUUUUCGUGAUGAUCAUAUUCAUUUAGACUCUAUCUUAGCUGGCUGGGGUUGUUGUUGCCUUCAAGUCACAUUUCAAGCACAAUCUCUCAUAGAAUGUCUUCAGGUUUAUGAUCAACUAUUACCAUUAACAGGAAUUAUGUUAGCGUUAAGUAAUGCCUGUCCGAUCUGGCGAGGUUAUUUGACAGAUAUCGACUCUCGAUAUGAAGUUCUAUUUCAAACAGGUGAUGAUCGAACACCUGAUGAACGUGAAAGAUCAACUCUUAAUUCUCGUUGUUCUCCAGCACCAUUCUAUUUAUGUAAUGAACAUAAUCAUCUCAAUGAUAUUUCACUUGAUGUGGAUGAACAUGUAGUAUCAACACUCACCGAACAUGGUUACCUAUUUUGUUUUGAUAUCAACAUAUUCUAUUUUGUUUAUGAAUUAGGAAUGUCUUCGAGUUUGGCUCAUCAUUUUGGUCAUUUGUUUGUUCGAGAUCCAUUAGUUGUUAUAAAAGAAAGUCUUCAUUUGGAGGAUGAUACAUCAUCUUAUCAUUUUGAUAAUUUAAACUCAACUGUUUGGAACUCUCUUCGAUUCAAACCACCACCACUUGAUGAUGAUAAAAUGGGAUGGAGAGUAGAAUUUCGACCCAUGGAUAUACAAAUAACAGAUUUUGAAAAUGCUUCACUUUCUGUGUUUAUGGCUCUUUUGACUCGAGUGAUUCUUACUUAUGGUCUUGAUUUAACAAUUCCAAUAUCUCAAGCUAAUGAAAACAUAGUUCGAGCACAUCAUCGAGAUUCUGUUCGACAUGAGAAAUUCUAUUUUCGUGCUAGUGGUGAUGAUGGUGAAAGUAGUUUGAUGACAAUCAAUGAAAUAAUGAAUGGUAAUGAUAAGUUUGCUGGUUUAAUUCCAUUAGUGGAAAAAUAUCUCAAUGAAAGUGAAAAUAUCAAUAGUGAUACAAGAGUUACAAUAGGACAUUAUCUAUCAUUGAUCUCAAAACGAGCUGCUGGUACAUUAUUGACUGAUGCAUCAUGGAUUCGACAGUUUGUAAUGUCUCAUCCUGCAUAUAAACAAGAUUCCGUUGUUUCAGAUGAAAUUCAAUAUGAUUUGAUGUGGAAAAUCACACAAAUUGCUAAUGGACAAGAUACUUGUCCACUUCUGAUUCAACCUCGAAUGAAAACGAAUACUCAUUUGAAUCCAGAAUAA